AGUCCAGAAAGCUGUGGAGCAUUGAACGAAGGAAGAAGAGUCGCUGCUGCUGAUUUUCUACACUCUACAACCCAAAACAAAGUGAUAUACUUUCCCUUUGAAAAAGUUAGAAAAGCCGCCAUGGACGGGACAACGCUCGGACGCACGUCGCUCUUGUGCACCUUGCUGCUCUGGGCAUUUCAAGUUUGCGGUGGAGCUGUGACGGUGAGCGUGACUCCGAAAGUGGAGGUGCUGAAAGGAGGGACUGCCAAGCUGCCCUGCACAUACACCGUCUCACCACCAACACCCAGCAACACUGUCGUGGAGUGGUACAUUGAGGAGGGUGGAACCAGGACGCGCGUGGCUUUCUCCCAGGGUGGCGUGGGAAAAAGCGAUGAAGGCACCCUUCUGACUGGGCGGGUCACUAUCGGGGAGGACUUCUCCUUGACCAUCUCCUCUGUUCAACCCGCCGACGAGCUCGUCUUCUUCUGCCAGGUCACCGCUGGCCCCAAUGGGGUUGGAGAUGCCUCCACGAUGCUCAAAGUCUUCUUUGCUCCCGAGAAGCCAGAACUCAAAAAGCCGUCGAGUCAGGCCAUUUCUGUGGGAGAGGAGACCAGCUCCGAGAUCGGUACCUGCGUGACAAUGAACGGACAUCCCCAGCCAAGAAUCAUCUGGUUCAAAGAUGACCAGCCCCUCCCUGAGGUCAAGGACAGGAAAGAGAAGACCAACAUGAUCUCCUCCGUGGUGAAGGAGGCCUCUGGUCUGUCCACUGUCAAGAGCACCCUGUACAUGCAGCUCAAAAAGGCGGACAAGGACUCUGUGUUUCAGUGCACCGUGGAGUACAGCAUGCCAGGAGACCAGAUCAAAGAGAAGAAGUCUGACCCCAUCACCCUCAACCUCAACUAUCCCUCCGAGAAAGCGACCUUUUCCCUUCUCAACACCGAUCCAAUCAAAGAGGGCGACGCCGUCACCAUGAAGUGUGAGACCGAUGGAAACCCUCAGCCGGAGUUUGACUUCACGAAAGACGGAAAGGCCAUCUCUGGUCAGGGUGGUAUCCUGUUGCUGAAAUCUAUCAAGCGCACAGAAUAUGGUGUGUACAAGUGCACAGCCACAGAUUUCGAUAACCUGGACGCUGACCUGAGUGGAAUCAUCAACCUCUCUGUCAACUACAUCGACCCGGUGAGUGUGACCCCUGCCGGGCCUCAAGUCGUCAUGCUGGGGGACAACGUGGAGUGGCAGUGCAAGACCAAGGCCUCCGCCACGCACACCGUUCAAUGGAAAAAGGGCUCUGAGAUGCUCUCACAGGACGGCAUGCUGUCAAUAAAGGAGGUUUCCUACGAUAAAGCUGGAGAGUACAUGUGUGUUGGAGCUGUGCCAUCUGUGCCAGGACUGACUGCUCAGGCUGGUGUCAACCUCACUGUCAAAGGAAAGCCGAUGAUCGAGACCCCCGCCGUUGGAGAGGUGGGGAUGGAAGGAGACACGGUGACUCUGAAGUGCUCGGUCUACGGCUUCCCUGCCCCUCAGUUCACCUGGAAGCCAUCAGGGAAAGAGUCGGUAUCAGUGAGUGGUAACAAGGUGGUGAGCGCCCUGACCCUGAAGGCCACGGCCGAGGUCAUGAAGGACGGGGUGACCUGCGAGGUCAACAACGAGUACGGAACAGAUAGCAAGACCCUCCCGGUGUCUCUCAAGAGAGCAAUUGAAAACUCGGCCGACAGAGUGCUGCUCUCUGGAAACCCUGUGCUUAAGUCAGCUGACAUGCAGCAGGGAGGCUCCAGCGCCGUGGUGGUAGCCGUGGUGGUGUGUGUUCUGCUGCUCCUGCUGAUGGUGGCUCUCAUCUACUUCCUGAACAAGAAGAGCAUGCUGCCCUGCAGCAAGAAGGACAAGAAGGAAGUGGCCAGCGGAGUGGUGAACAAUGACAUCGUGGUGGAGAUGAAGACAGACAAGACCAACGAAGAGGCCGGUCUCCUCAACAAGAGACCCUCCCCGGAAAAGUGAUUAAACGAGACGAUGAAGGUGACCGACAGAGGGACGAAGGGAAGGAGGAGGACAGUUAUGAAGACAACAGGGCUACUUUGUAUUCACUAACCAAGAGUGCGGGGGACACGAGGAGUAAUAUGGACAUUGGUUUGUUUUGGGGACCUUGGGAGGCACAGGUUAUGCUUGUUUUAUAACCUGGAGUACACCUUUUUGGAUGGAGUAUCUUCUUCUUUUUCCUUUAAGAGACUCCGUCCAUAUUUACUACGACAGGUUUAAAACCAUACUUGUGCAAAAUCACAAUGUGACAUCACUGGAUGACAUGAUUAUCGCCGCUUCCUUUUGAUUCUUCCUCGCCAAAUCACAUCUUCGGUCGACUCCUCUGCAGAAUAGAGCUGAACAGCGAGGCGCGGCGGACACAAUCCAAACUCAGUGGCCUCGUCUUUCUUAUCCGGCGAAACACGAAAUGCGAUGAAGCCACCGUGUUGUUCUGGAGUGUGCGUCUGCCUGCACAACUCGACGUCUAUUCUGCCCUGGAGUCUGCACUUAAAUUCACUGUUCGCUCUCUGCUGGGUACAUUGGGGGGGGAAAAAAAUGAUCACACUGCCAUUCUGCUUUUAUUCACCGCAAUAACAAGUGAUGAUUUACGCUCACGACAAUAAAUCCCUCAGCCCACUGUUUGGCACGCGCAGCUGUAACAUUUCCCCUCAAAGAAGCGUUGUGUUAUGGCGUUAGUGCCGUUUGUUUCAUUGCCUUUUUGCCACUUGUGAAUGUUUGUGUGUGUGUGUGUGUGUGUGUCCCCUCCCCCAUACACCCCUAAUUAGCUUUUCCGUAGAAGCAGCUCAAGCAUUAAAUAUCGUCAAUCGUUUCUCUUGAAUAGCUUGCCUUUUUUUUCUUCAAAUUCAGCUGCAAUGCCACCAAAUAAGCAAGCGAUUACGUUGUACAAAUUUGUUCUUGCCAUUUCCAGCAUACUUGUAUAUUGUGUCUGUACGUCUAUUGUUCACUUUGCUCUCCGUUUUUUUCUCUGUAAAUUAAAAUACUGCUUUGGCCCUGUCUAUUAAGCAGGCGGCGUAUUGUGCAUGAUGUGGAGGUCAACGUGUGUCUGUGGUUACUAAGCUGCUGGCCCGGGACGGUAAUUGCCACCAUUUCCGCUCCGAAAAACCCCCGAUUAUCAUCAGCUUCACUGUAAAAUUUGAGGAUUUUGGCGAAAUGGUUGGCAAUCUCUAACUGCGGCCUGCUGUGUUGUCGUUUUGUUUCCCGUGACAACUAAAAAGGCAACGAUUCACCUGCUGGUAGAAACCACUGGCUCCGGUUCAUUCUAGUUAGUUACAGGCAGGGGAGGGGUGGGAGGGACCGGGGUUGUUGCUGGAGUAUGUGAGGUAACUUUUAUGUUUACCAAAUGAAAGAGGUUUUUUGAGUAUCACAGCAGGAGUGUUUCUAUGUGUAGGUAUGCGAUAAUUGCAUUUCUGUUCCUCCCCAACACUGUCGGCAGGUCAGAGAGGUUUUUAGAACUGGUUGACGUGCCAUUUUACUUUGUUGUACACUGGAGCCAAUGGCCUCGACGUUUUUAAAAGAACGUCACCUCAAACUGUCCGCGCCCACAGGGCUCAUUUUAUUUUGUAAUGUCUGUCUACUGAUCUCGCCAUAUUGACUGUUAGCAAACCUGUGGAGGCAGGCGAAGAUAGAGGCGUGAACUUGGAGCAUGUUUCUUUUUUAUUUGUAAUGUUUUAUAUAAAAGAAAUGUGGUAUAACAGUUGUUUUGGUUUUUUUAGAAAGGGGGAUUCUUUAUUUUGGAACUACUGAGUUUUCUUUUUUUCCCAUGCUUUUCCACUCGCUCUGAGAGAAGAGAGAAAUGUUGUUUUUUUAUCUAGGAGGAUUCUUUUUUUAGUAGCUAUUCUCAGUGCUUUACUUCUCUCUGUACUGUAUACUGUAUAUUUUGUGGUACGCUGUUGUGACCUCUGUGGUGUGUUGAUGUAUCUUUUUAUUUGGUUCCAGCUGUGUAGAAAUUAUAAAGAAACAAAACUCAAGAAAAAGGAUCACAACA